GACGUCCCAAAAUAAAGCCGCGCGCAACGCGUCGCGUCUGCAGACCUGGGAUCGGUCGCGAUGGAAGACGCUCUGGCCAAAAUCCCCGUGGUCGAGAUCGAUCCAGAAGGAACCUUCAAGUACAUCCUGCUGAGAGUGAGCGUGAAAGACGGCGAUGCGCACAAAGACGUGGUCCGCGGCACAAAAAGCGCAGAGUACCACAAUCACAUCUUUGAGAAGGUAAACCCGGCCAUGGAGGCCUUGGGGAUGGAGUGUAAAUGCCUCGGAGGAGGGAAGAUCGAGCACAACAGCCAAGAGAAAAAGAUCAAGGUCUUCGGAGAAUCUACUGCAUUUGGUAAAGCAGACCAUUCCGUGUCCGUGGAGAAGUUGAAGAGUGCCUUCGGCGACUAUGAGAUCAGCUGGUCCGACGACAAGAAAUGAGCCUACGUCUCAUUUGAAAUACCAGCCUUCGUUCAUUAGUUCCAAAUAACCCCUUGUGUAGGACAUUUGUUUAAGUGAAGUACGCCGCUAUGCGUCAUCUAAAAGGUUUUUUUGACCUUACUUUAGCAUUUUUAUUUGAAUCGAGCCCAAUUUUCCAAUAGAAUGAUUCAUCUUCUUUUUGCUUGAGGCCUGACUGAUUUUAUCAGGAUUGAAGGCCGCUUGCCAAGCGUAAAGUCCAUGCAGGAAGGGGUGAGCCACUUGGAAACGUUAACGUAUCCUGUUGCUCUGAGGGAAAGUUUGGUGUUUAAAAAAAAAAGGCCGAAACGGAUCAGAGGGUCUGGCAUGUUAAAAGCUUUGUAUUUACAAUAAUAAAACUCCAGCAGAGUUCCACAGGGCUUUAAAGACAAUACAAUAAUAUAAGAUCUAACAAUGAGUGACAAGAAUAACAAAAAACAUUGAUUAAAAAAAUCCCAGUUUACUUGAACUCUGUUUUCUUACUCGGUCCUGAAUAAUGAAGCAUAGUCAAAGCAGAACUGCUUACUAACUCUGUAGAUUUUUGGGUGACAUUCAUGCCCUCACACAUCAUUGAUUGAUGCACUGUGACUUUAUUAAUCCCGCAAUUUGAACUAUUUUGUGCACAAAGGAAAUUGAUUCAAAUAAUAUUGUUAGAGGUGGUUAACGGCUCCAAAACACUCUUUGAAACGAACUAUGACUACGUCUUAAAAAAUGAAAUGCAUUUUGAGGACAUUCCCAAAGCACACUGUAUAAUUUCCGUGUUUGUAUUCAUUUGUUAAUACAAACCCUGAAGCCGAUGUCAUGACAUUAGUUUUACAGGCAUUUGCACACUGUUUUUACUAAACCAAUCUAGAUACAAAUUAAGAG